ACAAAAAUGAUUGGGCCGGAAAUACACUGUAGUUAACGGGUAAAGAACCAGAGCGAGGGCCUAUAGAAGAGCCCACAAUAUGAGUUAUGAGUCAAAGUAAACAGGGAAAACGGUUGAAGUUUUAAAGAGGGAGGCGAGGUUGCUUCCAAAAGAAAGCGAAAUUACAUACACACAUACACGCACUCUCCAUCGCAGUCAACAUCACAUGCUCCCCACCUCAUCACUCCUCCACCAAACUCUCUCUUAUGCAUAAAACCACCAACCCAUGUGGACAUCCACCACCACCGCAUCCAACAUCUCCCCUUAAAUACGACGUCGUUUCCUUCCCCACCCUUCAACCCUAUAAUCAUCAUAACCGUCAUGAUCGUCGCCACCGCUGCUCCUGGACUGCCGCGAUUUCCCAGCGGUUCAUGGUGACCGCUGCCGUAUCAGCCGCUGCAUCCUCCUGGCUCCACAACAGGCGGAUCCGGUACCUCUUCCUCCUGCUCUGCUCGCCACUCCUCCUCGUCCUCCUCUGCGCCGUCCUCCCGUUUCUAUGUGCCGCCGAGCUCUGCCUCCGCCGUCGCCUGUGGCGGAAGCUAAUCCGCGACGAAGAGGAAGGGAGAUGCGGUUGCGGCUGCGAAGAGGAAGAAGAAGAAGAAAAAGGGCUUCUUCAUAGGUACCUGGAGGAUCAGCUUCUUUUGGUUCGAUCUAUGUACGAUUGCGGUGACAUUGGAGAAGUUGAGGAGGAAGAAGGCGAAGAAGAUCCUAGAAGGGUUGUAGAUGUUGAAAACCUUAGUAGUUGUAGGAUUCCUCUAUUGAGAUGAUGAAAAACAAAACAAAGGAAACAGAAAAUUUCCUUUUUUUUUUUUCUUUUGGGAUAAUUUUAGAACCUUUUUUAUAUAGAUGAUGGCUAAUUUUCUUCCUUGAUUUUCAUUUUUGUUUAACAUCAUAGGAAAAAGGAAUUUGUGUAUUGAAGUUGUAUGUACUGGUUGAGGGUUUACACUUUGCAGCAAGUUGCAAUUAUUAACCUUUACUUUACUUUUUCUUUUUUGUUAAUAUUAAACUCUUUAAUUGUAUUUCUCUGAGUUUAA